AUGAUCUGGCUUUGGUCUGGAAAACCCACAGAGGAGCUGUACAAGAAGAUUGAGGAAAGGUCGGGGGAAGCUGAGUUUGGGGAAAAGCUACCAUAUACUCUGUUCGUCUUCUCAUCUUCCCCGACAUCCAUAGCCAUGCGCUUCAACGAUUUCUCCGUCACCGCUUCAAGCUCUAGAGACUGGAGUACUCUGGUUGAAGGAGCUGAUGAAAGAUAUGAUGUCAUUGUGGUAGGAGGAGGGCAUGCAGGCUGUGAAGCUGCUCUUGCAUCUGCUCGUUUAGGGGCAAAAACUCUUCUUCUCACACUAAAUAUCGACCGCAUUGCAUGGCAGCCUUGCAAUCCAGCGGUGGGUGGCCCUGCAAAAUCUCAACUAGUACAUGAAGUUGAUGCACUAGGAGGUGAAAUCGGGAAGGCAGCUGAUAGGUCGGGGGAAGCUGAGUUUGGGGAAAAGCUACCAUAUACUCUGUUCGUCUUCUCAUCUUCCCCGACAUCCAUAGCCAUGCGCUUCAACGAGCAUCAAAACCUCACCUUUCGCCCCAACAUUGGCCGCAAGUUUAGCCUUUUCAUCUCCAAAUUGCCUCGCAGUUUCUCCGUCACCGGUUCAAGCUCUAGAGACUGGAGUACUCUGGUUAAAGGAGCUGAUGAAAGAUAUGAUGUCAUUGUGGUAGGAGGAGGGCAUGCAGGCUGUGAAGCUGCUCUUGCAUCUGCUCGUUUAGGGGCAAAAACUCUUCUUCUCACACUAAAUAUCGACCGCAUUGCAUGGCAGCCUUGCAAUCCAGCGGUGGGUGGCCCUGCAAAAUCUCAACUAGUACAUGAAGUUGAUGCACUAGGAGGUGAAAUCGGGAAGGCAGCUGAUAGGUAA